CUAACUUGAUAGGCUGGGGGGCCAGGUGACGUCACCCUGGAAGCAGAGCAGUUGGUUUUCCAGCCUGGGAUUUAUGGAGUAAAUCUACCAAGUUGUCCCACUAUCAAGAGCUUUUUACCCCAAAAUAACUGCUGGUGGUAGCUUUUUAGUUUGUUUAUUUGUUUAUAACUUUAAAUAUAGUAGUGGCGCAAUGUCGAAUUUCAUCCCGGGACAGCCGUUGGUGGCAGUUGUGCAACGGAUUGAGAUCAAGAAGCUGCGGCAGGGAGAUAAUCUGAUCCUGGGCUUCAGCAUCGGAGGAGGGAUCGACCAGGACCCCGGACAGAACCCCUUCUCUGACGACAAGGCUGACAAAGGGAUCUAUGUGACCAGGAUAACUCCGGGAGGACCAGCCGAAACAGCCGACCUGAGGAUGGGAGACAAAAUAAUGCAGGUGAACGGCUACGAUAUGACCAUGAUGACCCACGACCAGGCGCGCAAAAGACUAACGAAGAAGAACGAGGACGUCGUGCGGCUUCUGGUGACCAGGAAGUCUCUGGAGGAGGCCGUCAAGAACUCAAUGGGUGGUUACCAACGACAGUAACAAACACAGGUGGUGAUGUCACCGUGGCCUUUAAAACUGCGGCAAUGCAACGCGUUCAAUAUCUACGUGACUCAAGUGUCUGCAGAGGACAGUCGUUGGACAACAGGACGGGGCUCUUUAUGUCCACACACACUAAUUAUCAUCUUACCUACUUCACUUUUUAAACAUCUCCGUCUGAAAUGAGGAGCAACCUUAAAAACCCAGAUUAUCAGGGGCACGAAAAAAUGAAAUCUAAAUAACUUUUUCCACAUUGUUUUAGUAAAAUCUUCAUUAUUUUCAAAAGGUUUCUGUAUAAAACCCUAACUAAGGGUAGCAACAGGGAACAGUUUAUCCAGAUAUUCCUAAUAUUUACUAUAAUACAGUUCUCUUGCUCUGGUUUUUGAACCAAAAGCGGCUGAAAUGAGGCGUUUUUUCAGGACAUUUUCUAACAUAACUUCCACAUGUCUCGAAACACAUCUGUUUUAAAAUAAACAAAGCAUCACAUCUUUAACUCGUUCCCACUCUGGAGGUAUUCGCUUGAUACGAGUUAUUUGGGAGCAAUCUUAGUCUCUUUGAUCAAAUGUUGUGCGUCGUUAAUCAUCCGCGUUUCAUCUCAUUAAAAGAAAACCGUACAGCGUUGAUGUUAAAGUUGUGAAAUGAUCGAAGCCGUUUUUAUAAUCAUUUUCUUUCUGUAUCUAAAGGUAGAACAAAUCAUAUUCCUGUAUGCACAAUGUAUUCACGCACACUAAUGUCUUUUACACUAAUUAUUACGUUUGUUUUUUGUGAUCACAUGUGUUCAAGUAAUGUCCUUAUUAUUCUGCGUGUGCUAAAAGAACCCCAGGGUAUCUCAUGCUAACAUUCCUCCAGCUUGACUGACUUCACGGUAUCAUUUCAUUUCCCAUAUAUCACUUUAAUCUCCUUCAGCGUGGGAACGUUGGUAUUUUCUUUUUGAUACGAGCAAAAGCUGCUAGUUUCACACUGGAAUCAGCUCAGAAAACUGUCUCUAAGUGGUUUGUGCAUGUGGUUUAAUAAUGUGCUCAGCAGCCUUUUGGGAAUACCUAACACCACUAAAUGUAAUAAAACCCAUUUGUUUUCCACACUAACUUUUAUACACACUUCAGAGUGAAAUCAUAAACCAUUGUCUUUGCUUUGAAACACUAUCUUAUAUCCUUGGGUGAUGUUAUUGGCUCUUUCUUAUAUAAUAUAUGUUGUUCUCUGUGUGUUUACAACAACAGUGUGAUUUGUGUGACAUCAAUAACCUUAUCUAUCAAGUGUGUUAUUACAACUUAUUCCACUGUUCAACAGGAAAGGGAUUCGCCUUUUAUACCAAUGACAAUAAAUGAAUGUUCAAGGUCCGUCUAAAAUAUGUCAUAAUGUCUAAGACAGAUUUAAUUGUGUUUUUUACCCUUCAAAACUAAACCUGAUCCUUUUCAGCAACCUCUCCAUUUUAAAUACUGUCUCUGCCAAGUUCCCCACACCUUUUUGAUAUCAAAAAUAAAAACCUAUAUGAAUAAUUACAA